AUGCCGAUCUUGACCAGGGCGACGAAGGCUGCUGCUACCAUGACGACGCUGGAAGGUCAGACUGUCUCGCCGGUGGAGCCGACGGCUGGCGUGGAAGUGGGUGCUGGAUCCUCCACUGCUUCUGCGGUUGAAGGCCAAGUGGCUCCGUCAGCUCCGUUGGCUUCAGGGUCGCGUGUGCUGGAGCCGGUGGCGCCGACGUCCGCGGAACCAUCUGCACUUGCUCCUGCUGGAGGGGAAGAUGAUGAAGAUGAUGAUGACGAUGGUUACUUAAGCGAUGACUCGGACGAGGGCAUUGAAGUGCAAACCAAGGGUGCGCUGGCGGCUAAGGCGCGCGUCACGCUGACGCUCAUGAUCCCGUUCGAGCUGGCAAAGGAGAUGCCUGCGGUGAAGCCUUCGGUGAAAGCCUUGCUGGUCUUCUUACGGAAAAAGCUGUCGGACAAGGCCCUUGACGAGAUCGCAUUUCAGUUCCGACCGGCCUCCCUCCAGUCGGCAGGGGUGGUGAGGAAGAUUCUCCGCGACCCUGCGUUGGUCCUUAUCUCGACGGGAGCCAAUGUGGAGGAAUGA